GCGCGUCUGUCAAACGGUCAUACCAAUCUAGACAACAGGACAAGUUUUGACCCCUUUUUUCCAACAAAAUGUAAAAAAAGGAGUGCCGUCCGAGCUAAAAUGAAUAAGUUGAAGUAUUUAUUAAGCCUGGUGACCCAGCCACGGACCAUAUCGAGCAGCAGUCCGAAAGAGCAGUUGCUGAACUGCCUUACCUAUGGCUUAUUUACAAUUGUCGCUCUCUGUGCGGGCUUCCUGCUGUGGGACCUUUCGAGCAGCCAACGAGAUGGAUUCUUCUAUGGGAAAAAGGACUCGCAAACUCUGGUGCUGGACCUCUCGCACAGUCAGGAGGUGAUCCUACACUCAGAUGCAGACCAGCGGAAGCGCAAUGGGAACUGCACAUUCUGGGACUGCCUGAACAUCUACAAGUGCGAGCAUGAUAGACUCAAGGUUUACAUUUAUCCGUUGCAAGAGUUUGUGGAUCAGAAGACCGAUAAGGUUGCCACCACAUUGUCCAGCGAGUAUUUUCAAAUCCUGGAGGCAGUGCUCAAGAGUCGCUACUAUACGUCGAAUCCCAAUGAGGCUUGCUUGUUCCUCCCAAGCUUGGAUCUGUUGAGCCAGAAUGUCUUUGACAAACACUUGGCGGGGGCGGCCUUGGCUUCGUUGGACUUCUGGGAACGCGGAGAUAACCACAUAAUCUUCAAUAUGCUGCCAGGAAGUGCCCCAGCCUACAAUUCGGUUCUGGACGUGAACACGGAUAAUGCCAUCAUAUUUGGCGGAGGCUUCGAUACUUGGACGUAUCGGCCGGGCUUUGAUGUCGCUAUACCCGUGUGGAGUCCCCGCGUAGGGCAUCAACAUCCGCAUGCUGCGGCCCAAAGAAAGUUUCUCUUGGUUGUGGCACAACUUAAUGUCCUUCCUCGCUUUCUGAGAACCCUACGCGACCUGUCCUCUGCUCAUGCCGAACAGCUGCUGCUACUGGGACCCUGUAAUGGCAUGGAUCUCUCCACCCGCUGCUCGUUCUCGCAGCAUCACAAACUCAUGGAGUAUCCCCGUCUUCUGUCGCAUGGAAAGUUCUGUUUUGUGGGCAGAAGCCUUCGUCUGGGUCAGCCCGAUCUGGUAGAGAUAAUGUCCGAGAGCUGUAUUCCCGUGAUUGCUAUUGACAACUAUGUGCUGCCCUUUGAGGACGUUAUUGAUUGGUCUCUGGCGUCUGUACGCAUACGCGAAUUUGAGCUGCAUUCCAUAAUGCAGAAGCUAAAAGCUAUUUCAAAUGUCAAAAUUGUUGAAAUGCAGAAACAGGUCCAGUGGCUCUAUUCCAAAUACUUCAAGGAUCUGAAGACGGUGACGUUGACGGCUCUUGAGGUACUCGAGAGUCGUAUAUUCCCUCUUCGCGCCCGCAGCAGCCGACAGUGGAAUGCAAUUGCCACCAAUCCCCGCGCCACCUUCAAUCCGCUGUUCCUUCCUUCGUUGGCGCCCAAAUCUCAGGGCUUCACAGCCGUCAUUCUCACUUAUGACCGUGUGGAGAGCCUCUUCCUGUUGAUCCAAAAACUGGCCGUCGUGCCCUCGCUGCAAAGUAUUUUGGUCAUUUGGAACAACCAGAAGAAGUCACCGCCACACCUAUCGACAUUCCCAUCCAUCUCAAAGCCGCUGAAGAUUAGACAAACCAAGGAGAACAAGCUAUCGAACCGAUUCUAUCCUUAUCCGGAAAUCGAGACUGAAGCCAUUUUAACCAUAGACGACGACAUUAUCAUGCUAACGACUGACGAGCUUGAUUUUGGCUACGAGGUUUGGCGAGAGUUUCCCGACCACAUUGUCGGAUUCCCCAGCCGAAUCCAUGUGUGGGAUAAUGUGACAAUGCGCUGGCACUACGAAUCGGAGUGGACUAACCAGAUAUCUAUGGUGCUCACCGGCGCCGCCUUCCAUCACAAGUACUGGAGCCACAUGUACACAUAUGCCAUGCCAGGGGACAUCAAGGACUGGGUGGACGAGCACAUGAACUGUGAGGAUAUUGCCAUGAACUUUCUGGUGGCGAAUAUUACCAACAAUCCGCCUAUAAAGGUGACGCCGCGAAAGAAAUUCAAGUGCCCCGAGUGCACCAACACCGAGAUGCUAUCGGCCGAUCUGAAUCACAUGCGAGAGCGAUCCGCCUGCAUCGAUCGAUUCUCCAAGAUCUAUGGUCGCAUGCCGCUGCGCACGGUGGAGUUUCGAGCGGAUCCAGUUCUCUUCAGAGACAAUUUCCCGGAUAAGUUGAAACGUUACAAUGACAUUGGCAGCUUGUAAAUGCCGCAGACGCACUGAUAUUCCGGUAGAAUAAUUAUGAAAAUACCAAAGACUUAUGGGAAUAGCGCUCAAGUUUAGAAAGAAUCUUUUCUGUUGCAUUCGAAUAUAUCAAUGAACAAUCCCAAGUCAAAACCAGCGCUAUUUGGUGCGCACUCACUGGAUAGAAAACUCA